GGCUCCCACGCACGUCUCCCUCCACAGAGACCCCAAAAGCAGGGCCCGUGUCCUGCUGGCAGCCAGCAGGUUGGCUGCCCCCCACGGAAGCCCUCGGUCACGUCUCCCUGCCGCCCGCAGGUCUCUGUUCUGGCCCGCCUGCCUGCACUGGGGCUGCGUGUGCUGCAGCUGCAGAAGUCCUUCGACGGCCAAGCCAUGCUGAAGUCCUCUGUGCGCCUGUACCUGCACGGCCGGGACUUGCCCGUGCGCAAGCAGGAGACUGUACCUGUGCACGUCUUCCCGACCGCUCCUGACGACUUCUGCCUGGAGAACCAGCACCUGCGGGCCUGCUUCUCGGGGCGCUCAGGCCUGCUGCAGAGCCUCCGCCGAGCUGGGGAGGAGCGGGAGCAGAGGGUGAGCAGUGAGUUUCUUGUCUACGGCACCAGAACCUCCAAGGACAAAAGUGGAGCCUAUCUCUUCCUGCCUGAUGGCGAGGCCAAGCCUUACACGCCCAAGGAGCCCCCAGUUGUGCGAGUGACGGAGGGACCCUUCUUCUCAGAGGUUGCCAGCUACUACCAGCACGUCCAGACCGUGGUGCGGCUUUACAAUGUGCCAGGGGUGGAGGGCCUGUCCCUGGACGUGUCUUGCCUGGUGGACAUCCGUGACCACGUCAACAAGGAGCUGGCCUUGCGCUUCAGCACGGACAUCGAGAGCGACGACACCUUCUUCACAGACCUCAACGGCUUCCAGAUCCAGCCCCGCAGGUACCAGCAGAAGCUGCCGCUGCAGGCCAAUUUCUACCCCAUGCCCGCCAUGGCCUACAUCCAGGAUGCGCAGAGCCGCCUGACGCUGCACACAGCCCAGGCCCUGGGGGUCUCCAGUCUCGGCAGCGGCCAGCUGGAGGUGAUCCUGGACCGGCGCCUCAUGCAGGAUGACAACCGGGGCCUGGGCCAAGGGCUGAAGGACAACAAGCGGACCUGCAACCGCUUCCGCCUCCUCCUGGAGCGCCGCGCCACUGCCAACAAGGUGCAGGACAGCCGCCCGGUCAGCUUCCCCUCCCUGCUGAGCCACAUCACCUCCAUGCACCUGAACGCUGAGGCCCUGGUCCUGCCUGUGGCCCAGGAGAAGCCAGCCCCGCCGGCCCUGCGCUCCUUUGCACCCCUUUCUGCCACCGUCCCCUGUGACUUUCACAUCCUCAACCUGCGGACGCUGCAGGCAGAGGACGACUCGCUACCCUCGGCCGAGGCAGCCCUGAUCCUGCACCGCAAAGGCUUUGACUGCAGCCUGGAGGCCAGGAACCUGGGGUUUAACUGCACCACCAGCCAGGGCAAGCUGGCGCUGGGCAGCCUGUUCCGGGGGCUGGAGCUGGGCUCCCUGCAGCCCACCUCGCUGACCCUGAUGUACCCGCUGGGAACGGCCUCCAACAGCACCACCAUCCGCCUGGACCCCAUGGAAAUCGCCACUUUCCGCGUCCGCCUGGGGUAGCGCCUCCCAGGGCGGGAGAGGAGCAGACUGGCUGUGCAGCCACCGAGCCCCGCAGCGCCAGCACAGCCCGGGAGAGACUGGGCCAGGAGGCCCGCAGCAGGCAGGCGGCACUGGGCAGGAGGUGCCGGACCUGCAAAGGCUGCUGCUUUCUUAUUUAUUAGUCCUGUGUUCUCAGAUAGAUUUUGGACAGUGAACUGCUGCGGCGGGGCUGUGUGGAGGCUGCUGAAUGCUGCCUGGUGCAGAGGGUGCGGGCCGGGGGCUCCCCUGAGCGGAGCAGGGCUGGCGAGGCAGCGGGACAGGCUGCUGCUGUGUAAGCACGGCUGCCUGGGAGGUGCCCACCGUGCAGCCCCGGGGCAGGGGCCCUGCUGGCGCCUGGGCUCCCACAGAGCGGCAGGGCAGCAUGUGGGCUGCCAGCGGCCUGGCCGGGCAGGCGCUAUGGACUGGAGACCGAGCUCGCCUGGAGCUUGUAGGAAACAUGAGGCUGUUUCCAGGA